UUGCUUUCUUUUUUUUUUGGUGCAUCCGUAAUUUUGCUUUGCGUACAUUUCUUCAUUAAACUUUUACCAUGACAGACGUACCUGAAGAGGACCAUGGAAUGGGUUCCAUGCAUAACCAAUGUAGAACAAGGUACUAUCCAACAGGCACCUGCAGAAGAGCCUCCUAUUAAGCGUCUGAUGGACUUACAGCACCUGGAAUAUAGCAAAGAAGCACUCUAUUUGGAAAAAAACCAAUAGUAUAGCCCUUGAGGAGCCGCAACCAAUGACUGAAAAACAGUCUAAAAAAUCAAACUACGGCGAAGAUACGAGGUGGUUACAAACAAUACAGCCCAUAGCAGAUUCAAGUACUCUUAGACCUCGAUAUGAAGCCGGAAUGUCAGCAAGAGCGGCUAUUCUUUGUCUGGGAAUUGCUGUGCGCAUAGGACAGAAGUAUGUCAAGGAUUACAAGGAUCAGAAUGACUCUGAGUUCUUACCUGGCCGUACGAAGAAGCAUGGAGGAGGUAGCCGUCAAUUUGAACCUGAUCAUACUGCCUUCUUAAUUGACUAUUACAAGAAGCAUUCUAACGCGGGUUUUAUGGCAGGCAAGGAAUGCACUUGCGGCGCAGUUUCCAGGCUUUCAGGUUUCCUUGGUAUCCGUACAUCGACACUUAGUCGGAAAAUGCAGCUUACCCUUAAAAGAUUGUAUAAAAUGGUUGGAUCCAGGACUUCUGAUAGAACAAUCCAUUUAAGACAAAGCAUCCUUUCUGAAUGGAUAACAGACCCUAAGAUGGAUUUUAUGAGUAAUUGUGUGUUUGUGGAUGAAGCCGGCUUUAAUAUGCAUUUGUGUAGGAAUUUUGGCAGAUAUCAAAAAAAGGCACUCGAGCUCGGAUUGUCGUCCCUAAUAAUGGCGGUGUGAAUAUCUCGAUUUUGGGUGCUGUAUGCACGGAAGGGGUGAUUGAUUUAACUCUUAGAAAGCCAAAGGCAGUAACGAAAUCCAAGGAUCAAAAAGGAAAGAAAAGGAAGCGAAAUGAUGGUACCACUGCAAAAACUCAAGUACCUAACGCUAGAACUGGAACACUUAUUGAGCAUUUCGGAGGAUUCACUGUGUCGUUGCUAUCUCCAUUCGCCUUUUCACCGACAUAUUUUACUGUCAUAGGCAGAUAUAUAAUUAUGGAUAAUGCAUCCAUACAUACAGGUACUGAGGUAAAAGAGCUCAUUGAGUCGCGCAGUUACAAGCCUGCUUAUCUCCCGCCUUAUUCUCCCUUUCUAAAUCCAAUCGAGGAAUUUUGGACGAAACUGA